AUGGCAGCUGGUUCAUACUUUUCCAUAACUGCUCUUGUCAUCCUUAUUCAGCUCACUAUUAAUCUGAACUUAUGCUUAGCAGCUGCACCAAUUCAUCCUAGUGGAAGAAACACCCGAUUUAUCAGAACCUCUUGCCGUGCCACUCUCUAUCCAAACUUGUGUUUCACCACCUUCUCUAGAUAUACAACCAGAAUCCGAGGUAGCCCCAGGUUGUUAGCCUCCACUGCCCUCUCCGUGGCAUUUAACACCACUCGUUCUACUACGAAAGCAUUUAUAAAUCUUUCCAAACACCGCGGCCUAAAGCGCAGUGAGGCUGCAGCCCUGCGUGAUUGCGUGGAACAACUAGGGGACUCUGUCGAUGAGCUCAAAGACUCUAUUAAUGCAAUGAGUCCUCCUCGACGAGGCGACAAUUUUCAUCGUCGAACGAGUGAUAUACAAACGUGGGUGAGUGCAGCUUUGACUAAUGAUGAUACCUGCAUGGGUGGCCUCUCCAGGAAAGCCAUGAAACGAGACUUCAAGACUGUGAGGAGACAAGUAGUGAAGGUUGCACAUAUGGCGAGCAUUGCCUUGGCUUUUGUCAACCGCUAUGCUGCUGACACUCAUUAA